ACGUUAUGUCAAGGACGCUCAGUGUAGUACCAAAAAGCACAAAUUACAUAUUAUAUUAAAAUUUAUUUUAAUUGUUACUAAUAAUGUGGAAAAUGUUUCCGAAGCGUUUAUUUGUUAAAAUAGAAUUUCAGUUGCAUGCGGUGACUUGUCCCGGCGUUUGGCUUUGUACACAUGGUUAUUUGGAGGUUACUAUCAAGACAUUGGGGUACUUUUUCCGCACCGGUGCAAUGGAGCCACGUUUCCCACUGCUUUGCCAUGACAAAUUCACUAUGGAUGGCUAUUUUAAGUCCGUUGGUUCCGUAAGUGACUUGGAACGCGUGUUAGCCGCCGAGCAAAUGGAGAUAACGCUUUGGCAGAACGGACGACGUAUGGCGUUUUUUAUGGGUAAACUGGCCGACGUAAUGCAAUCGGAUAUACCCAAACUGUCUUGUGAACACAAUAUCAAUGUACAACUGCUGAUGAAAGCGACGCCAGCAUUUCCAGGAAUUAUUGCACCUAAAGUGGAGUUAAGCGCACAUAUCGGUGUACAGGACAGUCCACAACAGUCUGAGCAACAGCAAAAAUUUGUACAACAGCCAUGCAGUGAAGUAACUUUGAAGAAUCUAGAAUUUGAAGCCAAACGUACGCCAAACCGACACAGCCAGCACUCAUUGUCUCCCACAAAUAGUUGUUUUAAUUAUUUGGAAGAGAAACGACGUCAGCGCCCAGUUUGCCAUGUGAAAACUAGUUGUGGCAGUGGGUUUUCAAAGAAAAGUGCUGCUUUUCCUUGCUAUAACGCACAAAAAUCAUAUAAAGCGGACGCCAACUCAUGCCAAACCGGUGAACGCCGGCUUUCAACUGGUUCAAGUAGUUUCAGUAAUAGCUCGUACAAUCUAAGCCAAGUUACGGGUGUGAGCAGCCCCUCGCAACAUUCGCACUCCGUUUGCACUGAUUCCUCAAUAUCAACGCCUGACGCGCACCUGCGUCAAUGUGAGAUCUGCCAAUCUUAUCGAAAAGUGUUCUAUAGCAAAUAUACAAAUUUACAUACAAAAAACUAGAACAUACAGAAACAAAUAGAUGUCGUGGUUUUGAAAAUUUGUUUUUAUUCACUUAUAUAAAAACUGCAAUCUAGAUUUUGUUUGCUGUGUUGGAUGCACUUUUUGAGUUAGUGCAACAACUUUCUAUUUUUAACUUUUUAACUAUUCAUUGUACUUUCUUAUGUUAUUGUUUCCGUAUGGAGCUUGGCUCAUCAAACGAAUUCGGCGAAGUCCAUUUGACCAAAUGCCUUUGCAA